AUGGCGGAAGUCGUCGAACGCACCGAAGAUACGGAGGAGGCCUUCGACUUGAGGAGUCUGGAUGAGCCCCCAAUGGAAGUGAGCAACGAAUUUAUUGAGCUUUUCCGUGAAUUCGACAGCGAGAUUGAUGGGUUAUUGCUGGAGAAGGCGUGGAAACAAUACGAUCAAAUCAAACAGCAGGUCUUGUUGGAGGGCAAUGAGAAGGUGUGGAUGGCUUGUGCGUUCUACACCAACAGUUUUCAAGCCACUCCGUACGGGCAGGAUCCAGUUUACACAUAUUCGUUGUUGAAAUUGUUGAGGACGUGUAAUGUCAGGUAAGAGUUUGAUAUUCCCUUUUGUUUUUGGUGUUUAGAUCAAAGAAAAAGCUGGAAUAUUGCUCUACGAUCCUUGUUCUUUCUAUUUUCAUCAAUUAGAGAUGAUUAAAAUCUAAAAUAAAAGACCUCCGAUAUUAUCCAUGAGAAUUUUUAGUGUUCUCGAGUUCUUCAACAAACUCAGCCGUUGGCUGGACAUGAUCUCAGCUUCCAGACGUCUUCAAGAUCACGCCGCACGCGUGGAAGCAUCUCUUUCCGUAUCUACAGUUAUCUACAAGAAGUACCUCCGAAUCUUUCGAGCGGUCUUUAGAAUUCAUCCAGUAACCAAAACUUCGAAUCCAAUCACUAGUGUAACAACUGCGGAGCUAUUUGAGUUCAUAUGGAUUGCUUUGGUAGCAUUGAAAAGUAUGUUUUUAAAUUUUAUUUUUGACUGCACUGUGCAGUCAAAAUAUUUUUCGUUUUUAGGGACAAAGAUGAUGUCGUGAUGAAUUGGAAAGUUGUAUAUAGGAUCUUUUUGCAAUGCAAUUUCAAAUUCUGAGGUCAUUUUUGCUUCUUCGAUUUUUGAAGUUCCAAAAAUCGCAAAAAAAUUCCGGUGCACUGUGCAACCAAAAAUUUUUUAUUUUGCACAGUGCAAGAGGGCAAAGAAAAAUUCCAAAAAAUGUUGAGAUCACUGAUUCUACAUUUUCUUAUGAUUUCCUGAGGCAAUAUUUCAUUUUUUAUUAUUUGCGAUGCUCAAAAUAGCAAAAAUUUUUGAUUGCACUGUGCGAAUUUUCAAAAAUAAAAAACUCCAGAAUUGACCAUUUUUUCUUUCCAGAAUGCCUUCCAGCUGGCAUGGAAGACUUGAUGAGCUCGUAUCACCUUCUCAUCUCGUUGGUGGAGAUCUGUUUCAGCGAGCUGCGGCAAGCCGAAAGUCCAAUUCUAAAUCCGGAAUUCGUAAAAUUAAUGAAUCCCGACGAUUCUCCCUUAGAUUUCAUGUGUCGCCAGUUCGAAGGAGUGGAGCUGGAUGCCAAACACAUGAGAGUUUAUUGGAUCCUACCGGCAAUUCGGGAGCUAGAGACCAAAGGAACUUUAAUAUUGCCAAAUUCCGUUAAUCCAAUUCAAAUCUUGGAUUCGUUUGAGGAGAAUAAGUAUGUUUGGCCAUGUUUAGUUUUUUGAGGGCUUUUUAGACAAUAAAAUGGGCAUUUUUGAAAAAAAAAAAAUUUUGGAAUUUUUUGAAAUUUUUUUUUUAUUUUUUUGAUUUUUUUGGAUAAUUUUGCAAAUUUUAGGAAGAAUCUGAACGAACUCUACGAAACACAGAUGCUGAAAAAGAUGGAAAUCGACGAAAGAGUCUUCAUUUCGCAUGUCAUCGACAAUGUGGACAUGGUCUUCAAUGAAAGUUUGGAUGGUAAGAAUAACUCAAAAAAUUUUUGAAUUGAUGUUUAGACGUUCAAAAAAAAUUUUGACAGUAAUUUUGGAUCAACGUUUUGCUGAACUUUUGAGAUUUUUCCCCCAAAAAAAUAUUUUGCACGGUGCGAUCCGAUUUUUAGGCUUAUUUUGGCCUUGCACUGUGCGGAUUUCAAAAAAUUGGAGACAAAAAUUUUUUUUUUAGGUUUUUAGUGUUGCCUAGAGAGUUGCCAAGAGCAUCAUUAGUCUCAUUCAUCGUAUUUUAGACAGUGCGAAAUAUUUUUGCACGGUGCGGUCCGAUUUUUAGGCUUAUCUUGGCUAGACAUGGCUAGUGGGCCGGGCCGAAUGAGUUUUAAAGGCCCCGGGGCCGGGCCGACCUCUUCCGGCCCCCGGGCCGGGCCGGCCGGGGGCCCCGCCAGGCCCCCAAUCGGCCCCCAAUGACUAAAAUUCCCAGUCUCAAGGCGAAAAUUAGGCUUGCCAAUAAAAAUAAAACGCAGAGCCAAGAACCGAUUGGGUCUUUUGAAGUAUAUACAUGGCAAUGGUUGGUAAUUUUUUGUUUCAAAAACUUUUUUUUCGAUUUUUAUAACAAAAAAUGGGGGCUAAGGUAGUACAACCCGCCAGUCCAGUUCAGCCCCCCUUGACCCAGUAUAAGCCCCCUAAUCCAAUCUGAAGCGCCUACUCGGGAUUGGGUUCUCUCGGCUACGGUCAGCGUUGCCUGAACCACAAGAACGAAUUUGGACGGUAACUGGGGGUCUCAGCUAAAACGCCGGGGGUCAUUUUACUCUAAUUUCCAUUUUUUGUAUUAUUCUAAUUUUUUACUUAUGGGGUGUGUGAAAUGGACAAAACAGUGGGGGUUUGAACUACCAAAGCCCCAAAAAAAUGUGUUAUAUCUCGUAAUGAAUGCAGUAUUUAUAUUUACAGUUAGGCCCCCGGUCGGCCCCCGGCCCGGCCCGGCCCCCUGGGGGCCGGGCCGGGCCGGGCCGAGAAAAUUUGAAGGGGGCCGGGGCCGGGCCGACCUCUUCCGGCCCCCGGGCCGGGCCGCGAUUUUCGGCCCGGCCCGGCCCCCCAGCCAUGUCUAAUCUUGGCCUUGCACUGUGCUGAAUUCAAAAAGUUCUAAAAAAUUGAAAACAGAAUUUUUUUUUGAUGUUUUAAUGUUACUGAGACAGUUGUCAAGAGUCUCAUUUAUCGGAUUUUAGACCGUGUGAAAUAUUUUUGCACGGUGCGGACCGAUUUUUAGGCUUUUUUUGGCCUUGCACUGUGCGGAUUUCAAAAAAAUGUAAAAAAUUGGAAACCAAGAUUUUGUUUGGUUUUACAAUGUUACUGAGAGAGUUGCCAAGAGUUUUAUUAGUCUAUUUCAUUGUAUUUCAGACAGUGCGAUCACGAUCCUGCGCCGCGGCAACCUGAAUUCGCAAUGGGCGGUGGACGCGGACCUCCUCCUCCGAAUGUCCACCCAAAGCUGUCUCCAAAAAGUCCAGUUGCAAGCAAAACCACUGAACACCCCGUUAUCGGCGAGGUCCUACAUCAUUUCCUCGGAACAGUUCGUCCCCAACACGCCGGUUUCGGGCGCUUCGCAUAAAUCUCAAAAAUUGGUCGAGUUAAUAACUCAGGACUACAAAAACAGCGAUGGAGAGUUUGACAGACUCAUCGCUCAUUGCCAGCAGAAUGUCAAAGCCCAUAUAGCAAAUGCUGGUGAGUUUUUGAAUGGAUUUGGAGGGGAUUUUUACGUUUUUUAUUUACUUUUGGAACUAUUUUGUAUUGGGACCACGGAUUUUUUGAAAAAAGUUUUUUUCUUUGGAAUUUAGGGUUGAUAUUGGAAGGCUUUGUCAUAAAUUAGAAACUAGAUGUCAUAUAUUUCACUAUAAUUUUCUCACCAAAUACAAAAAUUUUGAAUUUGCUAUGAGAUCAGGUGAUCAUGUAAAAUAAGGUCGUAGAUCUCAAAUUUGAGAGUUAAAUAGAUUAAAAUUGAGACAAACCAUAUUUUUGGGUGCUAUCCGUCUAAAAAUUUUGAUUGAAUUUUGGAAAAUCACAUAUUGUUUUGGGUCCCACCACGAAAACCUGAAAUCUCAAAUUUGACAUAGAAGCUUGGGGAUUUUGAAUGAAGUAGUCUAGAAGGCAUAACAACUUGAUUUAUAAGGCAAUUUUCCUUGUUUUUUCAAGGGAAUAUCUCAAUUUAUCAGCUCAUCUACUACAAUAUAAAUUAAAUUCAAAAACAUUGGCAAUUGGUCUGUGACGAUCAAAAGUUGAUAAAAUGGAUCGUAAUGGCCAUAAAAAUUUGUAAUUCGACUAGUAAUCGAAUUAAUUUCCAGUGGAAAGACUCGAAAAUUUGGUCGCGCGCCGCUGCGAAGAGGAGACGGCCGCUUUCGGCCCUCAAUUCGACGCCCCAUUCGUGGUCGACCUUCAAAAACACCUCGCCCAAGUGGAACAACUCUUCUACCGCCUCCUCCAAACCACCAUCCUCUACGAUCGAGCGCGAAAUCCACGUGCUGACACCUCGGAUUUAACCUCCAUUGUACAGAAAGAAGACUUUAUUCGCGGCCUAUAUGUGGCCUCAUUCGAGCUGGUGGCAAUGGCAUACGACAGUCAAAGGGAGUUCCCGUGGUCCGUGAGAACGGUCAAAAUGGCACCGGUCAAUUUUUAUAAGAUCAUUGAGGUAAAGUUAUAUUGAAGUAGGUUAAGUGGUGAAUUUGAUGGUUCUUUGAGUAGAUAUAGGGUGGAUUGGUGUUGGAAUAGAGUAAUGAGAGGCUUGGCGACAGUAUUAGAGAAAUUCCGAGGGCUUUGCAGAGGUUUUGAGAUUUGCGUUUUCGUGGUGGGACCCAGAACGAAUUGCAAUGUUUUGCGAAUUUGAACGAAAAAUUCAAUUAGAAGGGUAUAGUAAGAUGGUAAAAUACGGUAGGGACAUUUUUAUUACUAUAUCGGAGAGUUACGACCUUAUUUUAGGUGAUCAUCCGAUCUGAUCCCGGGGUCAAAAUCAAUGUUUUUUAUAACGAAAGUUGUAUUUAAACAUAUUGGUUAGGGCAUAAGAAGAUAGUCUAUUGCAGUUUUGAAUAUUUUUUUACCGUGUCGGAGUUACGACCUUACUUUAGGUGAUCAUCUGGACUGAUCCCGGGGUCAAAAUCCUUGCUUAUUCUAAUAAAAAUUGGAUUGAAAAGUACUUAAUAGGGCAUUAGAAGAAAUUUUAUUCCAGUUUUGAACAUUUUUACUACGGUUUCGGAGUGUUACGACCUUAUUUUAGGUGAUCAUCCGAGCUGACUCGCGGUGAAAACUCAUGUUUUUUAUAAAGAAAUUUGCAUUGAAAAGUGUUGAUUAGAUUACUCGAAGACAGUCUAUUGCAGUUUUGAAAGUUUUUAAUACCAUAGCUGAGAGUUACGACCUUAUUUUAGGUGAUCAUCCGAGCUGACUCGCGGUGAAAACUCAUGUUUUUUAUAAAGAAAUUUGCAUUGAAAAGUGUUGAUUAGAUUACUCGAAGACAGUCUAUUGCAGUUUUGAAAGUUUUUAAUACCAUAGCUGAGAGUUACGACCUUAUUUUAGGUGAUCAUCCGAGCUGAUCCCGGGGUUGUUAUCCGCUCUUUUUCUAAUGAAAAUUGGAUUGAAGAGUACUUUUGGAGUCACUUGAAGAUAAUCUAUUGCAGUUUUGAAUAUUGUUAUUACCAGAGAUUGCCACGGUCAAAAUUUUGGCUCCGGCUCUGGCUCUUUGCUCCCAGAGCCGGAGCCGAGGCCAAAUUUGCAGCUCCGGCUCCGGCUCUUGGCUCCGUGCAAAAUUUAAAAAGGCCUCCGGCUCCGAAUCCCGGCUCUUAUGCAAAAUGUUUUUUUAAAAAUUUUUUCCGAAAAUAAAAGUUAUUAGUGCCAGAGAUCAUACAGCCAACGUUUCUGCAGUCAAGUCACAUCCUCCGCAGUGUUUUUUCAAGCAAUUUGGUUUAACAAGAUCACGAAAUUUUUACUUUUCUGACCGCUGGGAAGCCUGGCUCCGACUUUGGGCUCGGGAGCCGGAGCCGACCCCAAAAUUUCCGGCUCCGGCUCUGGCUCCCGGCUCGGAGCCGGAGCCGCUCAGAGCCGGAGCCAAGAGCCGGCUCCGGAGCCGUGGCAAUCUCUGGUUAUUACUAUAUCCGGGAGUUACGACCUUAUUUUAGGUGAUCAUCCGAGCUGAUCCAGGGGUCAAAAUCUAUGUCUUUUAUGAUGAAAAUUGGAUCCAUAGAUACUUAUUAGGGCACUAGAAGACAUUUUAUUUUAGUUUUGAACAUUUUUACCACGAUGUCGGGGAGUUACGACCUUAUUUUAGAUGAUCGUCCGAGCUGAUCCCGGGGUCAAAAUCAAUGUUUUUUAUGAUGAAAAUUGCAUUGAGAAGUGUUGGUUAGGGCACUAGAAGACAUUUUAUUUCAAUUUUGAAUAUCUUUAUUACCAUAUCGAAGAGUUACGACCUUAUUUUAGGUGAUCAUCCGAGCUGACCCGGAGCUCUCCCGAGACAUGGUCAAACACCUCAACCGCUGCGAGGAAAAGGUCCUGGACGAACUGGCAUGGCAGUUCGACUCUCCGUUGUGGCAGGCCCUCCAGAAACGCCCCGAAAUCCCGCCGUGCGACGCGGUUUUACAGGACCUGGCCGGUCAGCUCCCAAUGCAAAGCCGAUACGUGCCCUCGCCGAUGAAGCCGCUGGACCGGAUGAGCGCCAAAAGGAAGAUUGAGUUCGCCGACGAGGAGGGAGUACCCCAAAAACGCCGUCCCGAUGAGUACGGAAUGCCAUCCGGCAUGAGUUUGUUCUUCCGAAAGGUAAAAUUAUGGAAAUUUUGGAUUUUUUUGGUGAUUUUGAAGGAAAGUGGGGUGGAUUAGGGAAUUUCAUGGUGUGUUAAGGUAGAAUAUGAAAGAUGGUGGCUGAAAAUUGGGGAUUUUUAGGGGGUUUUUAUCAAUUUUACCUUGUUUUAGGCUGAAAUUUGAGGUUUUUGAUGAUUUUUUGAAAUUUUGGGAAAAAAUUUGUGACUUUUUGGGAUGUUUGUGAUUGUAAAAGGUAAAAUACAGUUUGGAGAAGUGUUUUUAGGCCUUUGAAUUUGAAAUUGAAAAAAAAAUUUUUUUAAUUUCAAAAUUUUUUUUUUAUUUUUAGUUUUAUUACCUGGCCGCGAUCCGCAUGACCGACCUGGCCGACCGAAUUCGAAUGGACGAGGCGUCAAGAAACCGCGCCUGGACCGCAUUUGAACACAUUAUACGCACCGAUACGACCCUCAUGGCCGGCCGACACCUGGACCAGAACCUAAUGUGCUGCCUCUAUAUCGUCUCGAAACUCAUCAAUACACAAGCCUCCUUCCACACCAUCAUCGACGAAUACCGCAAUCAGCCACAGGCCCACAGCCGCAUCUAUCGCAAGGUCCUCAUGGAAGCCCAUCCCCAGCAACAAUCAGCUCAUUAUGACGACUCGGCCAGCCGCGGCUCGUCCUCGAAUCAGCGGGUAUUCCGGAGUGGGAGUGCCUGCCCCACUAAUGGAUCCAAUUCUCAUACACCAGAACCCCCGGAACAGAUCUUUGUGGACUUGAUCAGCUAUUACAACAAUUUUUUUAUAGCCAAAGCCGAGGGAUUCGUCAAGAGAAUGCAUCCCACUAACCCAGAAGUCAAAGAGGUACGAUUUGGAAGGGGUUUGGAGACCUUUUUGGAUUUUUUUUUUUUUUUUUUUUUUUAAUUUUGAACAUACAGAGAGUUUCAAGAAAUAGUGUUAGUUUGAAGAAUUUCAAAUAUUCUUCAUACUUUAUCUCAAUCCUCUAUCAAGAUAAAAGCGAGCAAAAUCAAAAAAAAAUCCAUUUUAUACCUAAAAAUUAUCAAAAAUCUUCAAAAACCCCGAGGCGAUUUUCCAAUAUUCUUCAAACUUUGUCCCAAUCCUCUGUCUAGCCCAUAAAUCAAUCGCGGAAAUUUUCAGCUCCCACCUUGCAUUUACAAUCGAAAAAUUCAAGAUUUUUCCUGCAAAAACUUGAAAAAUUAUGAGAAAUAAGCGAAAAAUUCCAUUUUUUGUCGAUAUCUCAUCAAAUUCCACUCGAAACAAGGUAAUUUCCCACACAAACAUUCUACUGGCCACUUCUAUGAAAUUCUAAAAGGUUUCAUCGAUUUUUUCAGCGAAAUUUUUUCAUACAGGGUGUUUCAAGAAAUAUUGCAGAAAGUUUUUGCGAAUAUCUUUGUGCUCUUUGCAGAUAUUCAAGAAGUUUAAAUUGGUUUUAAAAAAUUUGAAGUCGGGCGAUUUUAGAAUACGCGAAACAAUUUUUUGUCGCGUCGCAGAGAGACGAUUUUUCGGCGGAGACAUUUGACGCCUUUUUUGAAAAUUACACCUUGUUACAAAGUCCAGACAGCUUAAGUACGGAUGAAAUUAGGUCUGUUACAUCUGGUAGGAUGCAUAUAAUCUUGUCUGGGAUUUGCAACAAGGUGUAGUUUUCAAAAAAAGCCGUCAAAUGUCUCCGCCGAAAAAUGGCCUCUCCGCCGACGCGACAAAAAAUUGCUUCGCGUAUUCAAAAAUCGCCCAACUUCAAAUUUUAAAAUCAAUUUAAACUUCUUGGAUAUCUGCAAAGAGCACAAAGGUAUUCGCAAAAACUUUCUGAAAUAUUUCUUCAAACACCCUGUAUUAAGAAAUUUUGCUGAAAACUUGGAUGACGCCUUUUCGAAUUUGAUAGAAGUGACCAGUAGAAUGUUUGUGUGGGAAAUUAUCUUGUUUCGAGUGGAAUUUGAUGAGAUAUAGACAGAAAAUGGAUUUUUUUCUCUUAUUUCUCAUUAUUUUUCGGGUUUUUGUCGGAAAAAUCUUGAAUUUUUCGAUUGUAAACGCAAGGUGGGAGCUGAAAAUUUCAACGAUUGAUUUGUGGGCUAGAUAGAGGUUUGAGACAAAGUUUGAAGAAUAUUGGAAAAUCGCCUCGGGGUUUAUGAAGAUUUUUGAUGAUUUUUAGGUAUAAAAUUAAAUUUUUUGGACUGUUUUUUGGAUUUUAGUAUCUAAAAAUGAUCUAUGUUGCCCGAGAUGGGUCUAGGUUUCUUUUUGAGACAAAAAUGAAAUUUUUUGCUAUUGAAAAUUGGAAAUUUUUUUGCUUUCAGAACCAAGUCGCCAUAAGGAAUCUCCCAAAAGUGACGGCCACCACCCUAUCGCCCCGCCGCAUGAUCGGCGAGCAGCUCACCGUGAUCCCGAUGAGUGCCUUCUCCCAAAAUCCCCGCAAGGCAUUCACGGCGCAGCCCCUUCCGCAGACAAUUAAAACCCCCGCCAUCCCAACUCUCCGCCCAUACUUGGCCCACAACCCUUGA